AUGCUGAUGGACAUGUUGGCCGCCAAUCCCACCACCACCACCGCCACAACUAAUGCCUCCUUCCUUCACAAGCCACUCUCCCUCCUAGGCUCCGUCUUGCGGGGCCAAACUCCCUCCCCUGACAUGUCCACAACAACAACAACAACAAAAACAAUAACACACGACACCCCUCCGCUUGACAAUUCUUCCUCUCGCCCUGCUUCUGCCGGCAGCGACACCACUGCUGACAAGGUCAAAAAACCCUCGCGCCGCUCAAAGACAUCCUACAACAUCGCCCGUCCCAUAAACACUCGCUCAAAGCGCCACGUCCACCUCCAGCUACACCAGGUCAUUACCUCGCAACGCCCCAAGCCCGCCUACGACGUCGUCCCCUUUUCCCUCCUCCCUCAGCGCUCCACCCGUCACCUGGCCCACUUCUUCAACACCAGGGAGCGAUUAGGCCCCAACGACCUCCUUGUCGUCAAGGCCGGAGCCUACACAUCGCAAGAUGAGCAAGAAAAGUCGCGCCAGGAUGAUUGGGCCUCGCGCGACGUCGUCGGCGUCCUGAGCACACGCAAAAGCGACAACGGUCUUACCGAGACCACCGACAUCUGCAUCAGCGAUGGAUUCAGUCGCUGGUCAGUCGCAGACAUGCCCAAUGGGGGUUACGAAUUCACCUCCACCGACGAGCAUGCUGUUGCGCUCAAGGCACGCUGGGUACUCAAGCCUGCACAUGCCCGCCGCACCUCGGCCUCGACAGUUACUGCUACUGCACCAGAGGACAAGAAGUUCACCUUUAGCACAAUCAGUUCCGACUCAAGGCGACACCCCAUCAUUGCCACAAUGACACGCAGCCGCAUCGACGUUAUGGACACAUACACCAUUCCCUCGGCCACCUCUCCUCCGACCCCAAACGCCACAUCCUCGUAUACCCAGUCGCCUACAACACCUCUCAGCAUCGACUCCGAUUCCUUUGCUGAUGCCCUUGCUGAAAAGCUUCCCAUCGAAACUAACGAAGCCCUCCGCAACCUCAUACUGGUGUCUGGUGUCUGGCUUGCUUCCAGAGAAUUUGCCUCGGAUGGCUCCAGCCUAGCGACCAUUCCAGCCCUGACUCGGAGCAAUUCAGUCCGCCAGGCCGCUCAUCGUGCAUGUUCAAUGAGUAUGCUCGAGGGCCCUCGCUCACCAUCGCCAGCUUCAACAGUCGAAGAGAAGCGUCGUUCAUUUCCACGAAUGUUGAAGGCCAGCAUCGAAGGACUGUCCCAUGCACACGCCGAUGCUCCUCCCUCUCCUGCUUCCACUAAAACAGCGGCCAAGGCAUCCCCGGUGGUCACAACACGCUCACGGAGAGCAAACUCGACUGGCACUGCCAUCCAUAGCAUCACUGGCAGUGCGAGAAAGAGAUACGGGCUAGCUUUCGAAGACGAAACUUUGGUGGAAAGCACAGAAGAGCGCCAGAUGAAACGCAGCAUAGAGUUACUUCGUAUUAGAGAGCUACAACUGCCUUCUCCCAUAGAACGUCCAUCUGUCGAGACAUCUCGACCCGAUGCCAACCAGCUUCCCUCUCCUAUCGUUAUACCUCCCUCACCAGUAGAGCCAGCCUCCCCUGCACCGUUGCUCGACUCGCCCUUGCUUUCCCCGCCUCUCCCGGACACAAAGCGACCACGAAAGACACAAUCUACCUACGCACCGAUUACGACAACUGGCAUGUGGGAUUCUGGAGUUGUCGACGGCCCCGGUCUAAAGAAACGCCCUACCAGCAUGUUUGUCAUGAACGAAAAGAAGCGCAAGCAAGAGAAGAAGGGCGAACGAAGUAAGAGCAAGGAUUCAAAAACGAGGAAGGGCGAACAGAGCAGCGAUCACAGCAUGGGUGUCAAGAGAAAGAGUGACUGGUAUGUGUACAAGAUCAAGCUUCGCCUUAAAGACAUGUUUCAUCACAAGGAGAGGGCUUAA